UUUACCACUUAAAUAUACUUUUAACUAAUAUUUAGUACAUAUCAAUUUAAAGUUUGAAGUUAGUUGAAUAGAAUUAGUGUUUCAAUUGUUUUAUUAUAAAAAAAAAUUGCACUACACAAUCUAAUCAAGAAGUUAAUAAGAAGGAAUUAAGAAGCAAAAUAAAUAAGUAUAAUAAUUAAUUAAUCUGUUAUCUUUUUACAUGCGAUAUUCUAACAACUUAUACCAUGAAAACAUGAUCGUAAGAAUUCCAAAUACUUUUUUGGAAUAUCUUUUCUUUUUAAGCUGUUUUUCCAUUGGUUGCUUUUGCGCGGGUUAAAUAUUCUGUGCACUCAGAUGCGCAUAGCACUUGCUAAAGUUUUUUAUAUAAAGUUUUAUUUCAAAAUUUGAAACUUUUCAAAUAAUUGUAAAUUGGCAAAUAAAGAUUUUAUUAAAAUUUUAUUUUUUUUAACAUAUUUAUUUCAUGAUUUUAUUAUAAGAUGGAAAAUGAUGUAGAAAAUAUACUAUCAAAUAGUGAUCGUACAAUUCAUACAAUGUAUACUCCUCGAACAAGAGGAAGACAACAAUUUAGUUUAGGUAUUAGUUUUGCUCCAGCAGAAGAAAUUGAAGAUAUUAAUACAUUACAAGAAUUAUUAAAUAAAACUUGGACUAUUUUUGGGGUUUCUACUUUAUUUAAUUUUUAUCAAGAUGAAAUAUGUUUAAAACAAUAUGCAAAAAAAUUAAGAGAAGAAGUUGCAAAUAAUUUAACACAAGAAGAUGUAACAUAUAAUACAGAAUUUUGUAUUAUGGAAAACAUAAUAUUGAGGCCUAGUCCAAUGGAUCCACCACCAAUAAAGAUUGAAGUUUAUUCUGAAAAAAAUAAUAAUGAAGAAAGUUCAAAGAAAUGUAUAUAUAAAGGAAUAUUUCUGUCAUGGAGAACUACUAAAAAUACAUUAACUGAUAAUUCUAUAAGAUUACCUCUUCUAUUAUGUCGUAGUACACAAGGUACUAUGGGAAUUGUUCAUACUAUAUUAAGUCGCAUGUUUGAUUGUAUGAUUGUCACAUUAUCUGCACAUGAAGAUGAUUUAUUAUGGCUUAUUCCAAUUGUAAUUACUCCAACAACUAAAGAGGAACAACCAAAAAGCAAAGAUGAAAUUCAUAUGGAAUAUAAAAUACCAGAACUACCAGAUACAGAUACAAUUACAAUAAAAUUUAAAAUUUUAGAUUUAAUAAAAAUAUUAACAGUAAUUAUAAAAGAUCAAAAUGAUGAAGCAAGUCUUGAAAUGACUUUUAAUUUAGAACAUAUAGAAAAAUUUCGUGAAGUUUUAUAUUCUCAAAUUUUAGAACUUGCUGGUUUACAAUUGGGAUUGUGUACAUUACAUAAAAUUCAUCUCCCAACACUUACUAUUAUGGAAAAUAAAAUGAAAGUAAUGAGUGCAGAUACUAUGAAUCGUGUUUUAUUAUAUUUAAAUGAAAAAGCUCUUGAUAUGUUUCACACAUUAAAUCUUGAGAUGUAAUCUGUAUAAUAUAUUUUAAAUUAUUGAUGUUA